CCAAUCUCAGUCACGGAGGACACCGGGAAGACACAGCGGAAGCACAACUGAAGUUUACUCAACACGCCGAGUAGGAGACACCGGUGGUUAAAACUGAAAACAAACCGUUUUAUCGAGCAGUUGAGCGCGGGGAAAUGCGCUCCCUAACGGGACUUAUAGCAGUAGUUGCAGCAGCAACCUUUUACCUUUAUCUGCUUUCUGCCUUCCUGCCGCCCUGUCCACAGUUAGUUCACCACCGGCGAGAUGAUACCGUGGAGUCCAAAGACACCGCCUCCGCUGAAAGUGAGGUUGUGGUUGAGCAGUAUAGGUUGAAGUUUCCCUCAGACCUGGAUGAGCUGCGUGACUUGGCGAACAUGUUGCAUCUGUACAAGGAGGAGCACUCCAGCUACAUCCUGCUUCUCUUCUGCUCUGCCUACCUCUACAAGCAGUCCUUUGCCAUCCCCGGGUCUUCUUUCCUGAACAUGCUGGCGGGGGCGCUGUUUGGUCCCUGGCACGGUCUCCUGCUGGCCUGUCUGCUUACCACCACCGGCUCCACCUUCUGCUACCUGCUGUCCCGGACCUUCGGCAAGCAGCACGUCAUGAGGCUGUUCCCCGAUAAGGUGGCCAUGCUGCAGAGCAAGGCGGAGGAGAACAGAAGCAGUAUAUUCUUCUUCCUCCUCUUCCUCCGGUUCUUCCCCAUGACUCCUAACUGGUUCCUGAACAUCACCUCCCCCAUCCUCAACAUUCCCCUCCCCAUCUUCUUCUUCUCUGUCCUCAUAGGUCUGAUCCCCUACAACUUCAUCUGUGUAAGGACGGGCUCCAUCCUAUCAGAAAUCUCCUCCAUGGAUGACAUCUUCUCCUGGGCGACCCUGCUGCAGCUAUUGGCUAUCGCCUGCAUGGCGCUGCUCCCUGGUUGGCUCAUCCGGCGCUACAGCCACGGACAUCUUAAACUGGAAGGCCUCGAUCACAACGGACAAGCCCAGGACUGUGACCGCAAGAACAGAUGACUAGUGACCUUUGACCCCUCGAUGGUGACUACCAGAGGUCCUGGGUUGAGAGCAGAUCUAGUACACAGAGGUCUGACUUUGAAGGUCUGGACUGGUUAGCAGUUUAGAAAGACUGUUUAUGUGGUUACCAUGACUAGUUAGCCAGUUAGCAAGACUGUUAAGCUGCUUAACAUUACUAGUUAAACUAGUUCAUUAGUGAAGGUUACACGCUUUGUUGAAAGUCACCAAGUCUUAAAUGCUGUCACUAUGACACCUGUCAUUUUUACCCAGACAAGCAGACCGAUGCGCAAUCAGUGCAGCCAUUUUACAGCUUUAAUUUAUUGAACUUUAUUUUAAUGGAAUGUCAGGGAAAAUCUAUUUAUUCAAGGGCUGCUUGUGUUUUCAGUGUUUAAUAUGGGAAUAUGGUGUAGAGCCCAAGCCUAGGUCGAAUAUGUCAUAUACAACGUGUAUAUAUUUCAUAAAUUCAACCUAGGCCUAAAUUGUCUUCAUAAGUACAACAGUUCCCUCAAAAAACACUGAACACUUUUACGUACUGUGUCUAAGACUAUGUUUGUACCUUGUGUGAGUGUGUAUGGUUUUGCACUUUUACAUGCCUCAGCAUGCCUGGUUAUGUGUGCUGAUUGAAGAUAAUUCUUUAAAAAUGUACUAUUUAUUUUUGGACUCUGUGAGUAGUAAAGUCUGAAACAGUAGCAGCUCUAUCUACAGUAUGUAUUGUACUGUUACAGGAAUGGUGGAAUGUGAAAUCCUGGGUUCUCCAGCUUUGUAAAGGACCAGAAGGCCAGGAGGGUGGUGUUUUCGGCUAGUGCUCUAGCCGAGGAACCGGUCAUUUAAGAGUUCAAGAAUCAUAGGACUUCCAAUAUCCUGAGUGUUCCAAAAACCUGAUUUACAUUGUGGUCUUUUUGUUGUGCCAAAUCAUCAAUGUGUUGGGAACUGAAAUUCCCAGAGCAGUAAGUUCAAAUGCACAGUAAUAUUUCUGACAUGAAGUUGUACUACACUACUUGAGGGCUCUGAGAUGCUGUUUGCUUCCAGAGUUUUCUGAAGCUACAGUGUAAAUUGUUUUUAUAAACUUCUAGAUGCUU